AUGAGUUACUCUUCUUUUACUAUAGCCACAUGUGCCUUGGUGGAUCCUGAUCGGUGCACAAAAAAGUUCGGUUACUGUAGAAGACGCUGCUUUAAAGAUGAAAAACAAAUUGAUAUAUGUCUCUCACCAAAUAAAAUUUGCUGCACUGAGAGCUCAUUUGAUGAAGAUUAA